AUGUACACUCUAGAUCAAUGUUAUCAAUCAAAUUUGGAAGAAUGUAAAAACAAGACAACAUUUGACUUUCAAGUUACCUUCCACACGCAACUGUUUGGUACAAUGCAGCUUGAUCUCUUUGACACGGGAACAUUCUAUUCUACAGAUAAACAUUUAGGAAGGACAGAGAUUCGAUUAGGCUUACUCAAGCACAUGCCGCUCUCAUUUACGAAUUACUAUGAGAUAUGGGACAGAACACUCUCAUCAGGAGCAAGCUCUAGUAUUGGCCGUGAGAGGACAAGAGUGAAUAGUAUCGGUGCGAUUCAUGCGCAGAUCAAUUAUCAGUUUGUGAGUCUCGAAAAUAGCAAGGACGACAUGGUGCAGUUACCAGCAGCUGAAUCGGUCGUCGCUACAAACUUGGUCAUGCAGGAACAGAUCGUAGCCGAAGCGAAACGACAUAUGCAGUUCAAUCGUGAACGCCAGAAAAAAAGAAAAGAAGCCAUUCAGAUUAAGGAGCGGAUUGUUAAUUUGCAUAGCGAGUCUGGAGAAGAGGAUCUGAUACAGCCCUUAGCUACUGAUGAUGAUUAUAAAGCGAGUGAUAAUGAAGAAGAAGAAGAAGACGAUGAAUUUGGCGAAAUGGUUUCGGCUCCUUCAGACAAUGUGAAUGGUGAUUUUGAUAGUACUUCAGAAGAAAGUAUGGAGGUUAAAGGAAAAGAUACAGUCACUAAGAUGAUUGGAAAGCUUAUGGCAGCCUUUGGACAAGGAUUUGAGUUGACGCAUAUGCAAGUAGUAACGGGCCUUUCUCUCUUGGAGAAAUUCUUUACUGAUCUUCCGCGACAAAGAAGCUGGGAUAUCGUCCGGGAUUUAUCCGAAAUCGAAACAGCUGCAAGGUUCUGGAAAUUUUCAAUUGCUUCUUACGGUUGGAAAGGACUCAACUUUAUGGGUAAAGGCAAUGGUAUAUUAUCAGACGCUAUUAGAGAGCAUUCCGAUGCAAGGUCAAUCGUUGAAUAUCUGAUUAUACCUAAAGAAGACCUGCUUGCUUAUGAAUUUAGAUCAUCUGAGGCGUUUCGACCAAGUUAUUUCAUCGCAAGAGAUAGAUUUACAAAUUCUAUCGUUUUAUCAAUUCGUGGAACAAUGAGUAUCAUGGACACCUUGACUGACUUGGUUUGCGAAUAUGAGCCAUGGAAGGGUGGAUACGUGCAUAGUGGAAUGAAACAAUCAGCCGUCUGGUUUUACCAAUAUGUUUUACCAUUACUGCGAACAUUUAUACACGAGAACAAUGCUACUGGCCUUGUCAUUGUAGGACAUAGCCUAGGCGCAGCAACAGCUGCAAUUCUUACAGAUAUGCUUAUGGAAUGUUUGGAUACGUUUCCAGACGGAAAGGAUUUUAAUAUAAAAUGCUUUGGUUAUGCUCCAGCAUGUGGAUUGAGUUUAGAUUUGGCAGAAAAGCAUAAAGACGUUGUUCAAUCCUUUGUAUUUGCAGAAGACAUUGUUAGCAAAUUAAGCUACGGUUCAAUGAUGGAUGUCAAGGAGUUAGUCAUAGCCAGCGCAGAAGCAGCAAAGAACACGGUAGGAAUAUCUGAUAUCAUUCUAGGAAAUAACAAGCUCGAGGGCGAAAGAUGGAAAUGCAUUUCCGAUCGUGUUUCAGAAGUUCGAAAGAGGCUGAUGAAUCAACAGGAUAACCCACGACUAUAUGUUGCAGGACAAAUAUACCAAUUUUGGAAUGACCCUACACCAAGUAAUCAAGACCGUAUCACUAUAGAAAAGACAACUGCAAUGAACGUCUCAGAGGAAGUCGUUAUUAAGAAAUCAAUCUUGACCGAUCAUUUACCAACAAACUUUGAUCUUGCUUUCCGAAAGGCAAGAGAAGCUCUUAUGCUUGAAGGGACUAUGAAAAGAAGUGUGUGA